CAUCAGCAAUGAAACUCCAAGCAAUGGGCAUCCUGGUCAUUUUCUGGCUUGGCGUCUUUACUAUCAGCACCGUGAGAGGAAGUGUUGCAAGCCAAAUCGCACCCAGAAGCUCCUGUAUAGACUUGUCAACGCAGCAGCUGGACAUCAGAGGACUUGAUAGAUAUGAGAAGCAUAACGUACCAGUAAAAGCUGUGAUGUUCAUCACCAAAGAAGGCAUCAAGAUCUGUGUUCAGCCUGAUCUUAAAUGGGUGAAGGAUGCCAUAAGACACCUGGAUAAAAGACCUAUUCCCAGAAGGCCCAAACUCAAGCCCAAACCCAAGAACAAGAACAACAAGAACAAACCUAAACCUAAACCCAAGCCCACGUCCAAAGGCAAUUAACUAAAUGGCUCCACCAGCCAAAUCCUCGGCAGCUGACUGUAACCUCUUCUAGGUGUUAAUUGGAAAUAAAGUCUCUGAACUAACAUGGGCGUCUCAAAAUCCAUUCAACAUUAGGGCAGAGCUGACUGAGAAUCAUUCCAUUUUGUAUCUGGACUUUUUGGCACUGUUUUCAGCUUUACUUUUAAAAUGUUCAUUAUUAUUUAUUACUGUGGGUAUGUUACACCUAUAUGUCCUGUUUAAUUAUGUAAAAAUAUAAUGAUGUGGGUGAAACUAUUUCAUAGAGGCUUUGAUCAACCUGUGGAACUCACAGCUGAAGGAGGUUAGGGUCAGACACUGGGGCUGGACUUCAAAAUCAUCUGGAUAAUUUUUAUGAUAAUUAAUAACCAUAUAAGCUGUAAGUUAAAAUUCUCAUGCUCCAGGGUAAAUACUGCAUAACUGCAAGAUUCAGGAGGGAAUUAAUUAUAUGCCUGAUUCUCCCCCCCACUUGGCAACAAUGCAAAUUCACUGGAACAAGUCCUCUCCCAGUGUAAGUAAUUGUCGGUCUAGAAAAUAUAACGAUGCAGAUUUACACUAGCAGAGGAUCUAGCCCACUGACUUCUGUGAAGUUACUCCUUAUUUACAUUGAUUUGAGAUAGAUCUGAACUAGUUGCUUUAUUUUCCUUUGCAUGCCUCUGAAGCAAUAGUUCUCAGCCCUGGCUAGAAGCAGGAAACUGCACUUGAUGCUAAUCCUAUGUACCAAUCUCUUAUUCUAUAACUAGAAAAUUCAGUGUAAAUAUAAGUUACAUUUUACAUUUAUAAGUUACAUUAUAUGUUACAU